GCUAUGUAUGCAGAUCAGCAUGGAAAUCUUGCGAGUGUCCCAAAUGGAACGAAGCUCGUAUCAUGGCCUGACACGGCAUGAUCGACCGGAUUCAAGAUCCUGACUUCCAACGCAUCAUGGAACGAAUCGAAGCCCGCCACAGAGCUGAGUACCUGGCUGGCCGAGUCCAAGAUCCUGACCUUCAGCGCAUGAUGGAUCGAGUGCAAGCCCAUCACAGAGCCGCUUUUGACCUUCCAGACCUCAAUCGACCUGCCGGUCAAGCUCUUCAAGUAGGACUCGAUGAUGAACGCGCCCCAGGAAUUCACGCUCAUGCUGUUCAUCAAGAUCCUGUAUUCCAAAACCCUUGACGAGCAGCUCGAAGAAACCCGUGCUGCCCUUGCUCGAGCUCGAGAACGUCGAGACGCAAUCCUUGCCGCUGGAAUUGCUCGUCAAGCUCCUCAAGUAGAAGUUAUGGUCGACCAAAUUGAGGAACCUGUUGGCGCUGCUGAUUAUGAUGAACAAUAUCAAGAAUUUCGCGAGCAAAGACGAGCUCGCCGUAUGGAAGCUCUUCGCCGAGCUCAUCCAGUAGAACCUAUCGUCGACCAAAUCCAAGAGCCUACUCAAACUGCUGGUGUUCAAGGCUGGCGCGAGCUAAUGCAAGCCCGCAUGGAACCUCUUCGUCGAAAUCGUCCAGCAAAGACUAUCGUGGCCCCAAUUCCAGACCCGGAUCGAGCUGCUCGUCGUCAACGCAUCCGAGAUGAACUUAUAGCCCGCAGAGAAGCUCAUCAAAAUCCACGAGCUGAAUACUUCACCCGCCGAGCCGAAACCCCAGCUCCCCGCGCUCGUCCGAUCGUACCAGCCGAAUCCAUUAUUAUACCCCCACUAGCUUGCUUGGCCAACGCCCCGGCUCGACCCCCUCGAAUGGUCUCCGAGGAACCUCCCGCUCGGCGCACUCCAACAGGUCGCGCUGCUCGACACCUCCGUCCAAUUCGUCGAACCCGAAGCCAAUUCGUGCUCAAGGAUCGUGACUGUCGCCAUGAUGAAUGGGAUAGAGUCGUAGAUAAGGAGUGGCAUGGAAGGACGGAGCUGGCUGGGGACUUUGUACUGGAUAUAGGAGGAUGGGGUGAAGAGCUCGGCCGGAAUUGGACUGGAGUAAUGAUUGUGAGGUGGGAAUAUCUCGAAAGCGAUCUUGGCUUUCCCGAAUAG